AAUAAAUGUAGCAUAUAAAUCAUCAUUCGUAAGUAAACGCCAUAAAAUCGAAUUCUCGAUACUUAGAAAAAUAAUGGACAGAUUGGCUCCGAAUUCACACCUGCGAUUAGAGUGGGUGUAUGGGUAUAGAGGUCAUCAAUGUCACAACAACUUAUUCUACGCUUCAACAGAAACUUCCGAUGACCAGACUGCUCCGAACCAACAAGCAAAUAAUAAGAUAGUGUAUUUUGUAGCCGGAGUGUGUAUUGUGUAUGAUGUUCUGCAACAUAGACAGAAAUUCUUUCUGGGACAUAGUGAUGAUGUUUUGUGUUUGUGUCAGCAUCCAAGUGGGGAUCUGUUCGCAUCUGGUCAGAUAGGCAAAGACCCCUUCGUAUGUGUGUGGGACUCAAAGGACUGCGAAGUGAAGUCACUUCUUCAGAAUGGCCACCAGAGAGGAAUAUCGGCACUAGAUUUCAGUCACGAUGGAACACUCCUGGCAAGCGUGGGUCUCGAUGACCACCAUUCAAUGUGUAUCUGGGACUGGAAGAAAGGUCGGAUCAUCGCACAGCACAGAACCCAUGGAGACAAGGUGUUAGAGGUGAAAUUCAACCCAACCAAUAACUCCCGUCUCGUCACUUGUGGAGUGAAACACAUCAAGUUCUGGACUCUAUCCGGAAACACUCUAGCAGGCAAGAGUGGCGUGAUGGGAACUGUGGCACCCCUCCAGACAUUUCUGACGCUCUCCUUCGACAGAUACGCGAAUGUGUUGGCGGGUACUUUGAACGGAAUGGUGUAUCAGUUUGAGGAGAAUAAACUGGUGAAAGCUCAUCAAUUGCAUAAGGGUGCUGUGUUCUGUAUGAGCUCGUGUGUAAAUGGAUACGUUACUGGGGGCAAAGAUGGCCAUGUUCGACUGCUGGACUUGAACUUCAAUGUCAUUCAGCAGUACAAUCUGAUGGACACUGAACAAGGAUACCCAGGUCUGUGUGUGAAAAGUGUAUCUUGGAAGGACGAUCGAAUCCUGGUGGGAACCCAAAAUUCAGAAGUGUUUGAACUAAGUUCUCGUUCGACCGAUAAGGUCAGUCUUCUGGUUCAAGGUCACUCAGAAGGGGAGUUGUGGGCUUUGGCUACUCACACCACCAAGGCAAAUUAUUUCACGACCUGUUCAGAUGACUGUAGUAUUCAACAGUGGAGCAUAACAGAAAGAGGUGUGUUUUCGAAGAAAAUCCUUGAACACAAAGCGCGUUCAAUUGCCUACUCAGCCGAUGCCGCCUUUCUCGCAGUGGGUUUCAUAAACGGAUCUUUCUCUGUGCUCAAAACGAAAGACUUAUCCGAGAUCCAUAAUGAUCAGAUUAGAAGCGAAGUGAUCCAUGAAUUGAAGUUCUCGCCUGAUGGGUCGCAUUUGGCAGUUGGAAGUAAUGACAACUACGUGGAUAUUUUUGACUGUCUGCACAACUGGAAGAAAGUUGGACAGUGCUCUGGUAACUCCAGUUUUAUCACUCACAUUGAAUGGUCGCAAGAUGGGAAACAUUUGCAGACUAACAGUGGAGCUGCAGAGAGACUAGUCUACAAAAUGCCCAGCGGAAAAAGAUUAACAAGCAAGGACGAAAUUGACAAAAUAGUAUGGCAUACUUGGACUGGCGUGUUGGGUCAAGAAGUGGCUGGAAUUUGGGCUAAAUACACUGAUACCAACGAUGUCAACGCAAUAGAUGUCAACUUCGAACAAGGUGUUUGUGUAACUGGAGACGACUUCGGUUUAGUCAAGUUGUUCAAGUUUCCGACGUUCAAAAAAGGGGCCAAGUUUAAAAAGUACACGGGACAUUCGGCGCAUGUGACUAAUGUUCGUUUCACGAGUGACAGGAAAAGAGUGAUUACUGUGGGAGGUGCUGAUCACGCGGUGUUCCAGUGGCGCUUUUUGAUUGGAAAUGAGGAGGAAAAUGAAACUGAACAGGUCCAAGAAAGCGAAUCCUUAGUCAAUGGUGGUGCAGGAUGGUCAGACAGUGAGGGAAGCGACUCGGAGUUGUCGAAUGUCGGCGAGUUGGACUCGGACAUAGAGCGAGAAGCCGAACAAAAUUAUGAUCGAUUCGUGAAUAAAGAAUCAACUCAAGAUACUUUUAAGAGUGCAAAUUUGGUAACCCAGAAAGGCGGAGGAUUGAGAAAUGGAGAGAAUGUAGCUAAGCUGAAGCAGGCUCCUUGCACUGGUCUGGUGCUGGAUCAUGUUUUUGGGUACCGUGGGUAUGACUGUCGCAACAACGUGUUUCUAAUGUCAUCGGGCGAAGUGGUGUACCAUGUAGCUGCAUUAGGAAUAGUGCUAGAUAGAAAGACGAAUGUGCAGAGGUUCUACAAUGGCCACUCGGAUGAUAUUCUGUGUCUGGCAUUGCACCCUGCGAAGGAUCUGGCUGCUACAGGCCAAGUUGGCAAGUCGGCCUCUGUGCACGUAUGGGAUUGUGUAACCAUGAAAUGUGUCUCCAUUCUGAGGGGGGACAUGUCUAGGGGAGUGUGUUGUGUGGACUUCUCCAGUCUGGACGGGGGCAAGAGACUGGUGGCUGUCUCUCUAGAUGAGCACCACACUGUCCAUGUGUGGGAAUGGAGAAAAGGAGAAAAACUAGCCUCUGUUCGAGGCCACAAAGACAAAAUUCUGGCAGUGAAAUUCAACCCCUUCAAUACCGACAAGCUGGUCAUUUGUGGCGUGAAGCAUAUCAAGUUUCUAACACAGACAGGUGGCGGACUCACCACAAAACGAGGUACAUUUGGCACCGUCGCGAAGCUGGUCACAAUGUGUUGUGUGACUUUUGGGAACUCGGAGCAGUUGUGUUUCACGGGUGCCGAGACUGGACAUGUCUACGCAUGGAAAGACAAUGUACUACUGAGAGCCAUUGAGGCGCACAGAAAUGGACCCUGUGCAUGUAUCGCAGCAGUCAGCAAUUAUGAGGGAUUUGUCACCGGCGGAAAAGAUGGUCGCGUGUGUCUUUGGAACGAAAAUUUUGAUAAAAGUCUUCGCAGCUACAGCAUCGAGAAAUCAGAUUCUCUGAACAUAACAGGAAAAGUAGCUUCGAUCAGAGCUGUCAAAAUAGGACACGGCGUGAUUAUAGCAGCGACUAAAAAUAGCGAAGUUUUGGAAAUUGACAAAUCAGGCGCUGUUGCAAUAUUGGUUCAAGGUCAUCACGAAGGCGAGUUAUGGGGUCUGGCUAUGAACAGAAAUUGUGAUCACAUCGCAACAGUCAGUGAUGAUAAGUCACUCAAAAUAUGGAGUGUAAAACUCAAGAAAAUGAUAUCGAGUUUUCAACUGCAGAAAGGCGCGAGAUGCUUGGAUUUUUCGCCCAAUGGGGAAUUUAUAGCUGUGGGUUAUAUUGAUGGUAGUUUUGGUGUAUAUAAGUGUCCGCCAUCUGAAGGAAAUGAUCAGGGUGAGAAAUUGGAGGCGCUCGUUGAAGUUCAUCAUCGGAAAGAGGAGAUUUCAGAUAUCAAGUUUUCUCCCGAUAGCGCCAAGUAUUUAGCAGUGGCCUCACAUGACAACUUCGUGGACGUGUAUAACGUCAACAGUGAGAAGAGAGUGGGUGUGUGUAAAGGAGCCUCCAGCUACAUAACACACGUAGACUGGGAUAGUAGCGAAAAACUACUAAUGGUCACAUCGGGUGCCAAGGAACUUCUCUUCUUCGAAGCUCCAAGAGGAAAGAGAAUCUCCCUCCGAAAUGAUGUGGUAGAGUCCAUGCCAUGGUCUUCGUGGACUUGCGUGUUGGGUCACUGUGUAGAGGGUAUAUGGCCACCAAGAUGUGACGUCACUGAUGUGAAUGCGUGCAGUAGAUUCGAUAACUUAAUAGCUACUGGUGACGACUUCGGAUUUGUGAAAUUGUUCAACUUCCCAGCUAAGGGAAAGUUUGCCAAGUUCAAGCAAUACGCUGGCCACUCCGCUCACGUGACCAACGUCCGCUGGAUCCCAGAUGGGUCUCAUCUGGUGUCAGUAGGCGGAGCAGACACUUCUGUCAUGAUAUGGCGCAAUAAGAGUGCAAUUACCUCGACUGACCAAUCUGCCGACACACCUCGUGUCCAAUCAGAUUCGAGUAAAUUCAGUAUCGAUUCGGGAGAUAGUGACGUCUCUUUCGGCGAUACGGACCUAGAAGGGUUUGAUAGCGAUGUUCAAAGGGAAUGUGAAAUUGAUUUUGAUGCUAAAAUUUACCCCUCGUCACGCGAGGUGCUUAAAAGCAAAAAAGAAAAGCAACAAGACGAUUCAAAAAUAUCAGAAAGGAGUGCAAUUUCACGAGCAAAGCCGAGAGAACAUCAGAUAGUCUUAUCUAAUUCAAAGAAAUCGUCUAAAGAUGAGAUCGUUGGAUUGGAUUUGGAGCAUGUGAUUGGCUAUCGUGGUUGUGACACUCGAAAUAAUUUGCACUUAGUGAAUGAGGGCAAGGAUAUUGUGUAUCACGCAGCAGCUGUCUGUAUUGUGCAGAACCUUGAAUCUGGUGCUCAACAGUUUUAUAUGGAACAUACAGACGACGUUCUGUGUCUUGCAGUGUGUCAGUUUCCUAAACUCAAACAUGUCUGUGCCUCGGGGCAAGUGGGACUCAAACCAGCUGUGCAUGUAUGGGACCACACGACUCUGGAUACCAUUGCUAUUCUGAACGAUGGUCAUUCACGAGGUGUAUGCAUGUUAGACUUCAGCAGCAGUGGUCGCUAUUUGUGCACUGUUGGUCUAGACCCCGAUCACACUCUAGUUGUAUGGAAGUGGCAAGAGGCUUUGAAAGUGUCCAAAAUCCCCACUGGACCAAACAGGGUAUUCACUGCACAGUUUAGACCAGACUCUGAUUCGCAUUUUGUGUCUGUCGGUCAGAAGCACCUGACAUUUUGGACCGUUGCUGGAUCGGCUUUGUUGCCGAAGAGACCGCACAUUCCGCAGAAUAUGAAUCACAAGAAGCAGACUAUGCUGUCUGUUGCAUUUGGAAUUGACCAGCUGACAUUCACAGGUGCCAUGAGCGGAGACAUCUAUGUGUGGAAGAGGCACAUUCUAAGUAGAGUAGUCUCGAAGGCUCACAAGGGCCCAGUGUUCUCUCUGUUCACAACUCUCAAGGACGGGCUCAUAGUAUCCGCUGGAAAAGACAAAAAUAUGAAAGAAGCGCCCUCCGCUGUGAAGUUAUGGGAUUCGGAACUGAAAAGAUGCAAGGCGUUCUUCCUUGAAAACACUUCAAAGCAGAUUACCGUCAAAUCAUGUUGUCGGACAGGCGGUCUGAUCUUAGUUGGGACCAAGAAUAGCGAAGUGCUUCUGAUUGAUGAGAAGAAAGGGUCUCUGGGGAAGCUGGUUGACGGACACUCAGAGGGUGAACUGAACGGCCUGGCCACACACCCCUCAGAUCCCAAUACGUUCGUCUCUGCUUCUGCAGAUUCCUCUUUAAGAAUUUGGCAUAUGAACAAUUUGAAGGAGCCCUCGAAAGUACUGCAACUAUCAUUGUCUUGCAGCUGUGUGAACUUCAGCGCCGAUGGAGAACUAGUCGCGGUCGGGUUCAGUAACGGGUCUCUCAAACUUUUCACUACGUCAACUGCCCAAUUGUGGGCACAGAAAAGAGACAGAUCUGCUGCUAUACAAGUUAUCAGCUUUUCUCCAGAUGGAUCUAAAAUGGCUGUUGGUUCCGAAGAUGGAAGUCUCGAUUUGUACAGUCUGAGUGCCGGACCUUCUCUGUCAAGGUUGAACUCUGUCAAGGACAUCAAAUCGGCUAUUCGGAUGAUGGAUUUCAGCUCUGACAGUCUUUUAUUGCAAGUUGUGACUGGCGAUUACGACAAACGAGUCUAUGAUGUGGAGAGUGCUGUUCAAGUGGAUGAUCCCGAAGUGAUCUCAAAUGUCACGUGGUCAUCUUGGACUGCUAUCAUCGGCAAGGAAGUCUCCCAUAUUUGGCCUGUUGAAAACUUCGAAGCUCAAUCUGCAUCCGAAAAACGCACACAGGGUGACCUCAUUAACUCGGCACAUGUAAACCCGAGAGGCGUGAACAGAAUUGCCACCGGAGACGAUUCGGGUUACGUCAAGUUGUUUUCGUUUCCUGCGACUGUCGAGGACCCUGCUCGUGGGCCAGAUGAAGUUGUGGUGAAUGAAGUCGCGGGUCAUUCCGCCCAUGUGACAGCUGUCAGGUUUUCACAGAAUGAUUCGCAUUUGAUUUCGGCCGGUGGCGAAGACUCUUGUUUGUUUGUGUGGAAAUGUGUGUUCAAUUGAAGAUCAACGCAAAGUAUGUCAAAUGUCUCCUCAGCCUAUUGUCACCAGAUAGUACUCUCCUUAGCACUUAACUCUUAUGCAAAUUAAUUCUUUCUCUCUUACUCUAUCUGUAUUAUUUAUGUAAAUUUGUUCAGUGUGAAUAUAUAAAAAAAACGUUCUAUGUAAAUUUGAAUGUACAUAUUUCAUGUUUUUGUAUUUGCGUAAUUCAAAAU